AUGUCAGUCGUGGGAUCCUUAAUCUUCUGUACGGAUUGUGGCAAUCUUUUGAGUUCGAUAUCACAUCAGAAAGUACUAAAAUGCGACAUGUGCAACAAGGAGUAUCCAACGUCACAAUUUGCCAACUUGACGGUGGUGACACAUCCUUCGAAAAAUGCGUUUCCGUCAGCUUUACGAGCAAGGCAGUCAUUGGUGAAGACUACGCUACAUCAGAAUGAAGUUGAAGAAGGUGCCACAAUCCAUGAGAAGUGUCCUCAAUGUGGUAAUGAAGAGAUGCAAUAUCAUACAUUACAGUUGAGAAGUGCGGAUGAAGGUGCCACGGUAUUUUAUACGUGCAAGCAAUGUGGAUAUAGAUUCAGGACGAAUAACUGA